AUGAAGGAUUACCCUGUAUGUAUUAUUCAACCAUUAAUUUAUUUUUACAGUUUUUGUAUUGAAUUAUUAUUAAUUUUCUUAGAGUUAUGUCAAGUAUGUGAAUGUCAUUGGGUAAAUCAUAUGCAUAUAUCAUAUGAAUAUGAAACAUAUAUAACCUAUGUUGAAAUCGAUAAUUCCAAUUUACAGUCAGUAUUAAUAAAUAUUGAUAAACGUAUUAAUGAUUUACGACAAGAAGAACAAUCUAUUCUUAAAGUGUGUAAUAAACUUUCACAAUUUUUAAAACAAAAUUCCAUUACACCUUACAAUGAUGAUAUUCUUGAAUAUAUACGAUAUUUUGUUCGUGAAGAAGAAAUGAAAAAAAGUGCUGGUUCUAAUAAUGAAGAUGUUAUUCAAGGUCUUAAAAAUAUGAUUAAAGAAUAUGAACUUGAACAAAAAUUAUUUGAUGCAAAUUUUACUAGAACAACAACAUCUACCGCUUCAAACUUUAUACAUAAUGAACGUGGAGUUGAAGAUAUAUUCGGUUUAGUAAGUAAGCUCUAUAAAUUACCUAUAAAUGGUUCAAGUAUUCGACAACAAGUUGAAGAAUUGAAAGCGAAACAAUGGGUGGUGAAUGAAAAACGAGAACAUUUUGUUAAAGUACCAAUCAAUGCUAAUUCUUCUACAAUAAUGCAACAACUAAAACGUAUAGUCAGUCAAAAAUGA